GUCCAGUAUAAAAGUAAGACUAAUUUCAUUAAUAGUUUCAGUUUUACCAUAGAGUAAAGAUACUGUUUAACCUAGAUUAUUUUCCUCUGGGUUUACUAGCAACUAGUGGGCGAUUUGAGUUGAUGUCUGCUUAUUAGUUAACAAAAUUGGGGUUUACACAAUGGCAUCGCCCAGCUACGAGGGUGAUCCAAGAAAUAGCUUCCAAAUUCUGUGUCUAGCAGUUUUAAUAAUCAGUUUGAUACCAACCGGCCUAGCAGUCGUUAACAGAAGUGGCAACGUUGCAAACAAUGUUGCCAACAUGGGGAGUAACGUUGUAAACAAUGUUGCCAACAUAGAAAAUUAUGUUGUCAACAAAACAUUAGACAGAGUAGAUGUGACAACUUAUAAUGCUGAAAAUGGGUCUAAAAUAACAGUUGAUAAAAAGGAGAACGAUUUUCAAAAUGGGACAACUUAUGGAGAAGAAGAAAAAGGAAGAGAAAGAGGAGAAGAAGAAAGAAAAGAAGUAGAAGAAGGAGGAGUGGGAGGAAGAAGAGGAGGAAGACGGGAAGAAGGAAAAUAUUUGAAGAACAAUGUCACAGAAGUUGAUUUUCUUCUUGAAAGAUCUGAGUCUGUAAAGCGUGAGGGAAUUUAUCCAUAUCAUCAUCAUCAUCAUCAUUAUAGCCCACAUCAUGUUGAGUAUGAAGUUUCAGAAGACCACUACAUCCAAGAUGACCGACAUCAUCCACUCAACUUUCCCCAGCACCAUCAUGAUUCCCCCCACCAUGAAUACCCCCGACCGGUACACCAUCAUCCCAGUCCACACCAUCAUAGCGGCCUGCCUUAUGAUAUAGCAGUGAAGGCCGCCCUGGGCCCUCUAGUGGGCGUGGCCUUACUGGGCGUGGUCGCCUCCCUGGUAGCCAAUCCGGUGCUGCUACAGUUGGGAGUGGUGGGGGCUGGCAAGAGGAGGAGAAGGAGGAGACAUACCGCCCACCCUGCUCUCGACUUGUCUGUUAUAACAGGGUUAUUGUCGCAGGUUCCCAAAUCCAGCUACCUCCUCUCCCAAGAACGCAGUCUGGUCGAAAACUACAUGCGGUGUUCAGGACUUCUUAACUCAAUUCAAGAUGGCUGCGUUCUCAGAUUGGCCUGUGAAUUGUGGAGUGAAAAUUCCAAACUGUUCCAGAGUCAACGCAACGUUGUCAGAAGGACUCUUUCCGAGAUCAUGGCAAGUGAUUUGAUUCCUGACCAUAUAAGAGGCAUGAUAUACAAGGCCAGUCAACACGGAAAGCUGUUGGGUCAAUGUGAACAAUACCAUUGCAAGCGAUUUCAAGGGGAAAAUGUUGAAAAUUUAGAAAAAUUUUAAAGGAAUAAUUGAAGAUUACAUAGAUAAAAAUGCCUUGAAUUCAAAAUAAUAUGUAAACAUGAUUUUAUAUUAUUUGAAAAUGAAAUUGACAAAUAUAAAAAAAAAGAAAUUUGAUCAUAAAACCCUUUUCUGAUCAUUAUAUUUUAUUUGUGUUUUAUGAAAUGUGAAUAAAUGUGGAAUGUAAUUAGUA